AUGGAUUAUCGGAAGCUUAUACCAUGGACCGAAAAGGACCACUUCCCAAUUCCCUUUAUGGACCAGAUACUUGACCGGUUAUCAGAAAGGGGGUGGUAUUUCUUUUUAGAUAGGUAUUCCAGUUACAAUCAAAUCUCUAUUGCACCGGAAGACCAAGAUAAAACCACUUUUACCUGCCCUUAUGGAACUUUUGCAUUCAAAAGGAUGCCAUUCGGGAUAUGUAAUUCCCCGGCAACAUUCCAGCGUUGCAUGUUGUCUAUUUUUGUGGAUAUGGUCGAAGACUCUGUGGAGGUAUUCAUGGACGACUUCUCAGUCGUAGGGGACAAGUUUGUGGAAUGCUUGACACACUUAGGACAGGUGCUACAAAGAUGCGUGGAUACGAAUCUAGUUCUCAAUUGGGAAAAAUGUCACUUUAUGGUGAAGGAAGGUAUCGUUCUCGGGAACAAGGUGUCACAAAAAGGGCUGGAGGUUGACAAGGCAAAAUUUGAGGUCAUUGAGAAAUUACCUCUACCAAUUUUAGUGAAGGGUGUUCGCAGGCUUCUUGGGUCAUGCAGGUUUCUAUCGAAGGUUCAUUAA